AUGAAUUUAGACAAUUUUCUCGAUGGUACGUCAUCUGCCGCUGGUAUGCCAUCUGCCGCUGGUAUGCCAUCUGCCACUCGUACGUCAUCUGCCGUUGGUGCGUCAUCUGCUGCUGGUACGUCAUCUGGCGCUGGUACGUCAACUGCCGCCAGUCAUAUCCAGCAGACUACGAAGCAGCAAACAAUAGAAAGAUAUGGCACGGCAAAAAGAAUAUCCAAUGAGACUAAAAAGAAAAUUGAUGGAGGUCUAUUAGAUUUAUUUAUUGACAGUUACCAGCCAUUUUCAUUGGUGGAGGAAAGGGCGUUUAAAAAGUUUGCUCGGUGGAUUCCUGGCUACCAACUGCCCAGUAGAAAAACAAUAUCCAUCGUCAUGUUGUCUGCAUUGUCCAAAACCAAAUCGGAAAUGAAAAUGAUAUUAGGCCCGGAGUGCAAUCAUUCGAUAUGUCUUACGACAGAUUUAUGGACCUCUAGAUCGAACGAGUCCUAUAUAGCCGUCACCGCUCAUUAUAUGACAGAUGAUUUUGAGCUCAAAACUGUUUUACUUGAUUGUUGCAAUUUUUAUGACUCCCAUACCAGUGAAAAUAUAGAGAAAAUGUUAAAAAAUAUUGUGGCUGAAUGGGGCUUCACUGAUAAGAUAAUAUUUGCCGUAGCAGACAACGCUGCUAAUGUACAGAAGGCCAUUCAUAACAUCGGCUGGAAGCAAUUUGGAUGCUAUGGCCACACUUUGAAUUUAAUAGUUCAGGAUUCACGACGGUUCAACCAAUUUUAG